AAUGAAUCCUAACUUAUAAAUGAAUUCUAAUGAUGAACAGUAGAGAAUAUACUAAAUGUUCUAAUAGGUGGCAGGACAUGAUCCAUACAGUAGAAUGAUUUAAGUGCCUAAUGCUCCUUAUUAUCCUUGCUGGGGACCUCCAUUUCCUUAACCAAUGAUGGCACCACCACCAAAUCAAAAAUAUCCAUUUCCUGAAUAAUUUGUACAUGAUUAGGCACUUUAAAUGAAUUAAAUUCCCCCUAAUUAAAGUGGAUUAAAUCUAAAUGGUAUUCCAUAAGGUUUACAAAACAUGCCUCCAAUGUCUAUGGGUUUACCGCCAGGUUUUGGAAUGCCUCCAUUAGGCCCUGGUUAAAUUCCAUAAGGACCUAUGACAUCUGGGCCUAUGGGACCUCCACCAAUGGGUAAUAUGGGACCUAUGGGUGGAAUGGGUGCAAUAGGACCAGGUGGUAUGUAAAUACCUGGAAUGGGACCAAUUCCAUAAGGACCUCUUGGUUAAAUGCCACCUUUUGAUUUUUAAUUCAAAUAAUAACCUCCUAUACAACCAUCUAUGAAUCAAAAUUAAGUAUUGCCUCCAUAAUAACAACAAUUUUAAUAGUAGCAAUAAAUUUCACAAUAAUAACAACAAUAACAACAAUAAUAACAAUAAUAAUAACAAUUAUAAUAGCAAUUAUAAUAGCAAUUAUAAUAACAAUAAGCUUCUUAAUAACCUUUAUAGUAAUCUUCAGGAUAAUCUACUUAGAAUACCAUUAAUGCAGCUCAAUAAAAUUUAGAAUAAGGUAACUUAUUUUAUAAAUAUAUAGGAUUUUCUCAAGUAGUUAAUGAAUUUUAACUUAAAAUUUUAAACAUGUUUGUUAUGCAAAAUUAAAUGUUACUUGAUUUCAAAAAUAAAAAUGCCAAUUUGGAAAAUACUAUUACACAAAUUUUAGAUGAAAUAACAAAUCUAUAAAAGAUUGUUGAACAAAAAUUUGAUAAUGGUCAAGCUGAUGACUUUAUGAGUAGAUGUAUCUAAAUUAUUUAUUUAUAGUAUCAAUACCAAAUUAAGAAACCACAUAAAAUAAUCUUUUAUUAAAGUCUUUAUAAUACAAUUAGACUGAUUUUCAAUAUUAAUUAGUAUUAACUAAUGAUUUAGAAUAACCAUUAUUCAAAGAUAAAAAUUUUAACUUAGAUAUUGCUCUCAAAGAUAUGAAAGGAAUGGAUAUUAAAAAUCUAAAUAAAAUAGAAUUGGAAGUUUAAUUAUAUUCAUCAGAUGACAAACCAGUGCUUUUGAUUUCUAAUUCUUAAAAUUAAGCAAUUUUAAGAUAGCCUGAAGAUAAUAUAUGGUUGGAAGAAGGAAUAUCAAAUAUUGAAAAAUUAUAAAUAAACGAAGUAACUUCACAUUAUCAAAAUGGUUGGAUUUAUUUACUUGUUUAUCCAAUAAAAAAUGAAAUUAAAAUCGCAUAAGAUGAAAUUAAUCCAGCUCAAAUAAAACCCUUAAUUUAUAAAGUUAGUGUAAAAUCUAAGAAAACUUAGAAAAAGUAUCUUUUUUUAAUAUUAAAUUAGGUCAUCACGUUCAAGAUCAAGAUCACAUGAAAGAUUACGUAGACUUGAAAAGUUAGACAAUAAGUCAAGUUCAGAAUCUGAAAAUCACAUUUAAUUAGAAAUUAAGAAUCUUUACGGCAACUUUGAGAUGUAAUAAGAAUAAGAUAAAGGAAAUGAUGAAGAAAAAGAAUAAUAAGAAUAAUAAUAAUAAUCAUAAUAAUAAUAAUAAUAAUAAUAAUAAUAAUAAUAAUAAUAAUAAUAAUAAUAAUAAUAAUAAUAAUAAUAAUAAUAAUAAUAAUAAUAAUAAGAAUAAUCAUAAUAAUUAUAAUAAGAAUAAUAAUUGUUAUAAGAAUAAUAAUUAUAAUAAGAAUAAUAAUAAUAAUAAGAAUAAUAAUAAAAAGAAGAAGAAGAAGAAAAUCAAGAUUAAGAAAAAGAUUAGAUAAAUUAAAAUAAUGAAUCUGAAAUUUGA